AAUCAAAAUGAAAUGAACAAAUAAUUUCAGUGCUCGGCCAAAAUUUCGCCGCCGCCGCCACUGCCCUCUUUCUGCUUCUUCUUCUAAAACCUCCGCUUUUCCUUUUUGUUCUUAAAAAACACAAAGACAGUGUUUAUCGUUUGCGAUUGAGAUUGAAGUUUCUUGGUAUUGGUAUCAGGUUCGUGCAAAUGGCAGGCAAAUCUAACAAGGGAAGGAACCGGAGAGGGUCACACAAUUCAUCAACUGUUUCAGAGCAAGCUGUAUCAUCUGAUACUGUCUUGAAGGAUAAUGUAAUUGCUUCUGAGACUCUGAAAGUUGACUCUAAUGGAAUUCCAGACAUGGUCGAAUCGUCUGGUCCCAAGUCAGAGUUGACAGAGCAUGAAACUUUGCAAACGUCAAGCCAACCAAAGCAAGGUGACCUUCAUCUUUAUCCAGUGUCUGUUAAAACACUAAGUGGCGAAAAGCUUGAGCUGCAACUGAAUCCUGGAGAUUCUGUCAUGGACAUACGACAGUUCCUUCUUGAUGCUCCAGAGACCUGUUACUUCACAUGCUAUGAUUUACUGCUGCACGUUAAAGAUGGUUUAACUCAUCAUUUAGAAGAUUAUAAUGAAAUUUCUGAAGUAGCUGACAUUACUAUUGGUGGCUGCUCCUUGGAGAUGGUUGCUGCUUUAUAUGAUGAUAGAUCUAUCAGAGCUCAUGUUCACCGCACGAGAGAGUUGCUUUCCCUUUCUACACUUCAUGCCUCACUCUCAACAUCGCUUGCGCUGCAGUAUGAGAAUACACAAAGUAAAGCUCCAAAUUCAGGAGAUGCUGCAAGAACUGACGUUUCAGAGCUUGAUGGCCUCGGCUUUAUGGAGGAUGUUGCCGGAUCGUUAGGUAAAUUGUUAUCUUCAUCUUCAAAGGAGAUCAAAUGUGUUGAGAGUGUUGUUUUUUCAUCCUUCAAUCCUCCACCAAGCUAUCGAAGGCUUGUAGGGGAUUUGAUCUAUUUGGAUAUAGUAACAUUAGAGGGUAGCCAAUACUGUAUUACGGGAACCACAAAGAUGUUUUAUGUCAAUUCAAGCACAGGGAAUGUUCUUGACCCAAGACCAAGCAAAGCUGGUUCUGAAGCAACAAGUCUCAUUGGACUCCUGCAGAAAAUUAGCUCUAAGUUCAAAAAAGCUUUCCGUGAGAUUUUGGAGCGGAAGGCUACUGCACAUCCUUUUGAAAAUGUUCAAUCUCUGUUGCCGCCAAAUUCAUGGCUGGAAUUAUAUCCUGUUCCUGAUCACAAACGCGAUGCUGCCAGGUCGGAGGAUGCAUUGACUCUUUCAUAUGGGAGUGAGUUGAUUGGCAUGCAAAGAGAUUGGAAUGAAGAAUUGCAGUCUUGUCGAGAAUUUCCACAUACAACUCCUCAAGAAAGGAUCCUGCGAGAUAGGGCUCUUUAUAAAGUAACAUCAGACUUUGUUGAUGCAGCAAUUAGUGGUGCUGUUGGAGUCAUCAACAGAUGUAUACCACCCAUAAAUCCAACUGAUCCAGAGUGCUUUCACAUGUAUGUUCACAACAACAUAUUCUUCAGUUUUGCUGUGGAUGCGGAUCUGGAUCAAUUGUCCAAGAAAUGUGCAGUAGAUACCAAUUCAAAUGAUCAAAGCAGACAUGAAGCCACUUUGUUUUGUUCAUCUGAAAGGGUUGCUAAUGAAAUGUUGCAUGGAGAUAAUAGCAUGGGUUCAAAUGGGGAAAGAUGUGAUGGAUCAAUUAUAGGGGACAGUUAUAGUGUAAAAGAAUCAGCUCUAGGUUCUGUUGAGACAUCAUUGGCUGAGAGUGAACAGGCUACAUAUGCCUCUGCAAAUAAUGAUUUGAAAGGCACAAAGGCAUAUCAGGAAGCUGAUGUCGCUGGACUACAUAACCUUGCCAUGGCCAUAAUUGAUUACAGGGGUCAUAGAGUGGUGGCUCAGAGUGUCUUACCUGGCAUUCUUCAAGGGGAUAAAUCAGAUUCUCUCCUUUAUGGAUCCGUUGACAAUGGCAAAAAAGUUUGCUGGAAUGAAGAUUUUCAUUCAAAGGUACUAGAAGCUGCUAAACGCCUUCAUUUGAAGGAACAUACGGUAUUUGAUGCAUCUGGAAAUGUUUUCAAAUUGGCUGCUCCAGUGGAAUGCAAGGGCAUUGUUGGCAGUGAUGACAGGCAUUAUCUUCUGGAUUUGAUGAGAGCAACUCCUCGUGAUGCAAAUUAUACUGGUCCUGGAUCCCGAUUCUGUAUAUUGAGACCAGAAUUAAUUACUGCCUUUUGCCAGGCUCAAGCUGCAGAGGGCUCAAAAUCUGAGCUUAAUUCUGAGGGAUUGGCUAAUAUGGCAACUGAUUCUUCAAAGGUUGCUGGUGUUGAAGCACCAGUGGGUACAGAGGGCCAUGAAGCUGCAACUUCUGAUGACAAUCAGGGUGUAACCAAGGAAGAUAAAAACAAGGCUGAAAAAGAAUGCACUUCUGCAUCUGUUAAAAGCUGUGAAACACAUGAGAUAUUAUUUAACCCCAAUGUCUUUACCGAAUUUAAAUUGGCUGGGAGUCAAGAGGAGAUAGUAGCUGAUGAAGAAAAUGUGCGGAAAGCUAGUUCUUAUCUUCUAGAUGUUAUACUUCCGAAGUUUAUACAAGAUCUUUGCACGCUGGAGGUUUCACCCAUGGACGGCCAGACAUUAACAGAAGCACUCCAUGCACAUGGAAUUAACAUUCGGUACAUCGGAAAAGUUGCUAAUGGGACCAAACAUCUACCUCAUCUAUGGGAUCUUUGUUCUAAUGAGACUGUAGUCCGGUCAGCAAAGCACAUCCUUAAGGAUGUUUUGAGAGAUACAGAGGAUCAUGAUCUUGGACCGGCAGUCUCACAUUUUUUGAACUGUUUCUUUGGAAGUUGCCAAGCGCUUACUGCAAAAUUAACUUCUAGCAUACAGUCCAAAAACCAAAAGAAAGAGCAAGCAAGUCAUCAAUCUUCAGGCAAGACGUCGAGGGGACAUUCCAGAUGGAAGGGAAAAGCUUCUGCAAGGAAGAAUAUUUCUUCUUAUAUGAAUGUUAGCUCAGAAACUCUAUGGUCUGACAUUCAGAAAUUUGCAAAACUGAAAUAUCAGUUUGAGUUGCCAGAGGAUACAAGAUUACGAGUGAAGAAAGUCUCUGUCUUGCGAAAUCUAUGUCAAAAGGUGGGAAUUACUAUUGCUGCUAGCAAGUAUGAUUUUAACACUGCAAUACCUUUUCAAACGAUAGAUAUUUUGAAUCUCCAACCUGUAGUGAAGCAUUCAGUACCUGUAUGUUCAGAAGCUAAAGAUCUUGUAGAGAUGGGAAAGGUCCAAUUAGCGGAAGGCAUGCUUACUGAAGCGUACACAAUGUUUUCAGAGGCAUUUUCAAUUCUUCAACAGGUCACUGGGCCAAUGCAUCGGGAGGUUGCAAAUUGCUGUCGGUACCUUGCUAUGGUCUUGUAUCAUGCAGGAGAUAUGGCUGGGGCCAUAAUGCAACAGCACAAAGAACUUAUUAUAAAUGAACGUUGCUUGGGUUUGGACCACCCUGAUACUGCUCAUAGUUAUGGCAAUAUGGCUCUCUUCUACCAUGGCCUCAACCAGACAGAGCUAGCAUUACGUCACAUGUCCAGGGCAUUGCUUUUGCUAAGCCUAUCUUCUGGCCCGGAUCAUCCUGAUGUUGCUGCAACUUUCAUAAAUGUUGCAAUGAUGUAUCAAGAUAUUGGCAAAAUGAACACAGCACUUCGUUAUCUGCAAGAAGCCUUGAAAAAGAAUGAAAGGCUGCUAGGCGAGGAACAUAUUCAAACAGCUGUAUGCUAUCAUGCCCUUGCAAUUGCAUUCAAUUGUAUGGGUGCCUUCAAACUUUCUCACCAGCAUGAAAAGAAAACCUAUGACAUUCUCGUAAAACAGCUUGGUGAGGAGGACUCAAGAACAAGAGACUCCCAGAAUUGGGUGAAGACAUUUAAGAUUCGUGAGAUGAAUGCUCAAAAGCAGAAAGGUCAAGCUUUAAAUGCUGCUUCUGCUCAAAAGGCAAUUGAUAUCUUGAAGGCCCAUCCGGAUAUAAUACAUGCAUUCCAAGCUGCUGCUGCAGCUGGAGGAUCUGGGAGUUCCAGUGCUUCUUUCAACAAGUCCCUUAAUGCAGCAAUGAUUGGCGAGACUCUACCUCGAGGAAGGGGAUUUGAUGAAAGAGCAGCUCGUGCAGCAGCAGAAAUACGGAAGAAAGCUGCUGCUAGGGGUCUUGCAACUCGCUCACAUGGGAUACCAGUCCAAGCUGUGCCCCCAUUAACUCAGCUCAUUAACAUGAUCAACUUGGGGGUGACUCCAGAGGCAGGAGAUGGUGAGGAAGCAGGAGAAAGGAGGGAAGCAAAUGGCCAUCAUCCAAAUGGUCCAGUUGAUGCCAAAAAAGAUGCAUCAACGUCUAAGGAAGAAGAACAAGCGCCUGUUGGAUUAGGCACGGGCCUCACUUCAUUGGAGGCUAAAAAACAGAAAACGAAACCGAAAGUCACAUCUUGAGAUUUUGACUGGCAGGUUCUCAAUAUGUAACUGAGUCAAUUUGAGGAAUGUUUGCUAUUUAUAACGUUAUCAUUGGUACUCACUUGCAAGUCCCGAGAGCAGAAUAAACUGGCUCAGAGAUCAUCUUUGUUGGUGAACAUUGGGCCGCAUCUUGUGCAAAUAGGAACACUUUGAGCAUUGUCAACGAGUUGUUCUACUAGUUUUGUUUUGGUCAUUCGUUUUAGGCAUGCGUGAUUUUAAAAUUAUACUUGAUAUGGAAGUGUUUGCUAUUCGAGUCUAAUAAAUGGCCCUCCUGAAAAAUGAGCUUCCUCACAGUAUUUUUUAUAUUUUUUUUGAGAGUAUUUUUUAUUUAUAUAUUUUUUUUAUUUGAGACUAGUCUUCGGUGAAAAUGUGAGGUAAGGUUGUGUACAUUAGAUUCAGGAGUUAGGAUCUUACAUAUAGCAAAAGUUUUAUACACGGGUUAUGUCAUGGUCCUAGAGAGACACCAGUUUUAUCUCCUACGCUCUCCGCAGGUUAGAUUCGGUUUGACAUCCACCUGCUGCCACUAUAUUAGAUACUAUAUCACACGUUAGCUUUCGUUUGUCCUAAUAGUUUCACGACACUCAAGCAUGGCGAGGGGAUCAGAGAGUAGCAUCUGAAAAGUCAUAUUCAAUUAAAGCCUAUAUCGAUUGUGUAUCAGACGGUUGUGUAUUAGAGUUAGUUUUGAAAUAAAUAUAUUUACAUCAUUUGAAAUUUGUAAGGUAUUUUUUGUUGGAUAAAAUU